AUGAUUCGACCAGCGACGCCGUUGUCGGUGCUGCUGUUUGCGGCUUUCGUUUUACUCCUCUUAUCAGUCAUUUCUAUCCCCGUCACCAAGUUUGUUCCCUUGGGAGCAUUUAAAAACGUCAAAUAUGGCGUCUUUGGCUACUGUGAGGGUGACAAAUGCACCAAGAUUGCCAUAGGGUACCCGCAAGGUGGAGUUUUGACAGACGACACUCAAAAAUUCGACUUGCCCAGCUCAGUUCGACAUACAUUGUCGGCUAUUCUGGUCAUUCACCCGGUGGCGGCACUCCUGACCCUCGUCAUGUUCUGUCUGGCUGUCGCUGCUCAUAUGCACAGUUCGUCACAUUCAUCGAGAUAUCUCCUUGUCCUCUUCAUCUUCAUCCUCAUUACCUUUGUGGUCUCCCUCGUCGCCUUUGUGAUUGAUGUGCUACUCUUCAUCCCUCACAUGGCUUGGGGAACCUACAUGGUCUUGGCUGCAACCAUAAUCCUUGCCAUCUGCGCUGUUGUAUCUUGUGCUAUGCGACGGACCAUUGUUGGUAGGAAAGCCCGACAGAAGCGCAUCGCAGAAAAUGCAGAGAUGAGCGGCGAAAAUUACUACAAUAGAGAAGGCCAGAUCAAGCCUGCUCCCGUCAUUGGAAGCCAGCCUACUGUUCCCAUGGUGAGUGGAGGAAGUGCUGGAGGCGAUUCCCUCCCGACGUUUGCAACCUUUGAAAGCCAGCGAAAGGACGACCAAGUUAGCGACGAGAGGAUUCCCCUGACUCAACGAAGUCCCGUUGAGAGAUCACCCAAUACCAUGCACAACGAGAUGGCAAACAUGGGGGAUGCCGCGAGUUUGGCAAAUUCAAGACGAUCGCCAUCACAUGACCGUUAUGGAAACCCCAUCAAUGGACCAGAUGUCUACGGCCGCGGACGGGGUGGAGGUUACCGAGGGGGGCGUGGUGGUCCUUAUGGCCGUGGAGGAUUCGAUGCCUACGGCGUAGCAGGUCGAGGCCGGGGCGGAGGAAGAGGAGGCUAUGGCCCUGCGCCUGGUAGAGGGGGACCUCGUGGGCGAGGUGGUUAUGGUCCUCCACCCCGUGGAGCAUACGGGCCAGGAGGAGGACGCGGGCCGCCGCCUACUGGAGGCUACGCUAAUAUGCCCCCGGGUCAAUAUGAUCGGAAGGCUUCUGGUGAUGAGUAUGUUAUGCCGUAUGGACAGUCUCAACCAUCGCAAACGUCGUUGGACCGCGGAUGGAACGGCAGCAACCACGGCUCGGCGGUGGAUAACCAGGAUCUUCCUCGAGCUGAGUCUCCUCCGCCUUUGCCAGGACAAGUCGCAGGCGCAGGCGGUAUGCGAGCCAUUGAAAUGGAUGCGACUCCACUUGAUCCGCCAUCUACAAAUGCUUACGGUCACCAUAACCAACUUCGAGACAGUGAUGCGGAUGUUGCUGGAAUGGUUGGCUUGCAGCAAGGACGCCCCAUGCCUGGAGGAGCUCGUGAAACCGUCAUGAGUGACGGAAGCAGAUACAGCACGGACGAACCACAACAAUAUGUUCCACCACGGGCCGCCUGGAACCAAAACGGGGGUAGAAACUCACCACGCGCAGCGUCACCGGCUGGCCAAAACAUGCUCCCCACUAGAUCAGGAUCACGAGGUGACUAUUACGAAGAUACUAAUCCCCGAUUCGAUACAACGCCUCCAUCUGGACUGGCUCCAGGCCACGCACCUACACACAUCGAACCUGUGUACGAGGAUACCCACGCCACUGGCGGUAGGGCACGAAGUCCCGCGGAAUCUGACCGAUCCAACUUUACUUCUAUUUCGCAACGAGGAGUAAACCCUCGAUGGGAACCACAGCCGCCUAUGCCCAACCAAGGACCCCCGACCCGCCGACCUGUACCGAAGCAGCAGCGUCAAGAUGUGCUCUUGAACAACAACCCCGACUUCCAGCUACCUGGCUCACGUGUCCCAGGGCCGAACCGAACCGGACCAGGAAUGAUUCCAGGAAGUGCGUAUCCGACUGGCGCCAUUUAA